GGUGCUAAAUAGAAGUGCACAUCAAUGCACAUGUUCUUUUUGAAGCUAGGUGUUGCCUGUCUCUGACAUGGCCUCUCCACGUGUGCAGCUGAGUCGGCGACAGCCGCCAUUCGGCGUGCUGCUGACCGCCCAGCAUGUGGGCGCGCCCGUGCAGUGGGCGGACCAGACGGCCCUGCGGCUCUCGGCCGAUCUCUGCCUGUCGUCGCCAGCCUCCGUGUGCCGCCAGCUGGCACGUCAGGCCGCCGACGCCGACCGGCUGUACGGCGUCUCGGCACUGGCACGCACCACCGCCGACCACUGGCUGGGGUUCAGCGCGCGCGUCUCGGCAGCCGCCGGCCGGUCGCAGCUCGAGGCCUCGCUGGCCGAGUUCGAUUCGGUGCUGCUGACGCUGUCGUUUCUGGUCGGCGAGUCGGCCAGUGUGGCUGACUAUGCCGUGUGGGGCGCGCUGUACGGCAGCGGCCACUUCCAGGCGGCGCUGGCCGCUGGCACGGUGCCGAAAAAUGUGCUACGCUGGUACCGGCUCAUCGAAGAGCUGCCGGCGGUAAAGGCGGCGCUGGCCGCUCUGCCCGCCGAACUGAAACCUCGAGCUGCCGCUGCACCCGCCGCCUCCGCCGCCGGCGCCACCAAUGCGCGCAAGGAGGAGGGCAAGUUCGUCGACCUGCCGGGAGCUGAGAUGGGCAAGGUGGUGGUGCGGUUCCCGCCGGAAGCGAGCGGCUACCUGCACAUUGGUCAUGCCAAGGCAGCACUGCUCAAUCAGUAUUACCAGAAGGCGUUCAAAGGACAGCUCAUCAUGCGCUUCGACGACACCAAUCCGCAGAAGGAGAAGGCCGACUUCGAGAAGGUGAUCCUGGAGGACCUGAAGCUUCUGGACAUCCACCCGGACCGUUUCACUCACUCGUCGGACCACUUCGACUUGAUGCUGCAGAUGUGCGAGCGGCUGCUGCGCGAGGGUCGCGCCUACGUGGACGACACCGAGCCGGAGCAAAUGAAGGCCGAACGCGAACAGAUGCAGGAGAGCGCUUGCCGUUCCAACUCGGUGGAGAAGAACCUGCAGAUGUGGCAGGAGAUGCUGGCCGGCUCCGAGGCCGGGCAGCGCUGCUGCGUGCGCGCCAAGAUCGACAUGAAGUCGCCCAACGGCUGUAUGCGCGACCCGACCAUCUACCGGUGUAAACCAGAGCCGCACGUGCGCACCGGCACCAAGUACAAGACGUACCCGACGUACGACUUCUGCUGCCCGAUCGUGGACAGCAUAGAGGGCGUGACGCACGCUCUGCGAACCACCGAGUACCACGACCGCGACGACCAGUACUUUUGGUUUAUCGACGCGCUCGGCCUGCGCAAGCCGCACAUCUACGAGUACAGCCGGCUGAACAUGACCAGCACGGUGCUGUCCAAGCGGCGGCUGACCUGGUUCGUGGAUCAGGGCCUGGUGACCGGCUGGGACGACCCGCGUUUCCCCACCGUGCGAGGCAUUCUGCGCCGUGGCAUGACCGUCGAGGGACUGCGCCAGUUCAUCGUAGCGCAGGGCUCGUCCCGUGCAGUGGUCUUCAUGGAGUGGGACAAGAUCUGGGCGUUCAACAAGAAGGUGAUCGACCCGGUGGCGCCGCGACUGACAGCCUUGCCGGCCGAGGGUGCCGUCACGGUUAACGUGAACGGCGCCGUCGUGGAGGUCACGCAGGCUGCACGUCACCCCAAGAACCCGGACAUCGGAACGAAGACGGUGUGGACCGGCCCGCAGCUGCUGAUCGACGCUGCCGACGUGGACAUGCUCGUGGAAGGUCAGAACGCCACCUUCAUCAACUGGGGCAACCUGCGCAUCGACAAGGUGAACCGCUCUGGCGGCACCGUCUCUGUGGAGGCCACCCCGCAGCUGGACAACAAGGACUUCAAGAAGACGCCGAAGCUGACGUGGCUGGCCGCUACAGACAAGGCGCCACUCAUCCCUGCCGUGUGCGUGUACUACGAGCACAUCAUCUCCAAGCCGGUGUUGGGCAAGGACGAGGACUUCAAGCAGUACGUGGCGCAGGACACGCGCUCCGAGCUGGUGAUGCUGGGAGACCCGGAGCUGGCCGGUGUGAAGCAGGGUGACAUCAUUCAGCUGCAGCGGCGCGGCUUCUUCAUCUGUGACUCGCCGUACCGACCUGCCAGCGUGCACUCGGGUCGCGAGAGUCCCUGUGUGCUCAUCUACAUCCCCGACGGACACGACGCCAAACCGGCGACCGGAGGCAAGGCGGCGAAGACGACCGCCACUCCAGCUGCCGGCAAGGGUGCAGCAGCUGCCGCCAAGCCGUCUCCUUCUGCUACCGGGGAUGGCGCUGCCCUUAGUCAGAAGAUCGCUGAACAAGGAGAUAAGGUAAGGCAGCUGAAGUCUUCCAAGGCCGACAAGGCUACCAUCGAUGCUGCCGUGAAGGUAUUACUGUCUCUGAAGGCUGAUUACAAGGCAGCCACCGGCCAGGACUGGAAGCCGGGCGCCGCUCCGGCUCCGGCCGCCGCUCCGGCUGCCGGCCGAGGCAACGCAGCUUCUGCAGCUGAUCUCAACGCACAAAUCACCGCGCAGGGAGACAAAGUGCGACAGAUGAAGUCUGCCAAGGCCGAUAAGGCCGCAGUAGACGCCGAGGUGAAGACGCUGCUCGCCCUCAAAGCCGACUUUAAAAAGGCCACCGGUCAGGACUGGAAGCCGGGCAUGACACUGCCUGCCGCUACCUCCGCUGCUCCCGCUCCUGGUGGUGGGGACGGCGCAGCCCUUAGUCAGAAAGUCGCCGAACAGGGGGACAAAGUCCGUCAGCUGAAAGCCGCCAAAGCUGACAAGGCCACUGUUGAUGCUGCAGUUAAGGUUCUUCUAUCUUUGAAGGCUGAGUACAAGGCAGCCACCGGCCAGGAUUGGAAGCCAGGCGCCGCACCGGCUCCUGCCCCUGCCGCCACCCCCGCUGCUGCCGGCGGGGACGGUGCAGCCCUGAGUCAAAAGGUGGCCGAGCAGGGGGACAAAGUCCGUCAACUUAAGUCUUCCAAGGCCGACAAGGCUACUAUCGAUGCCGCAGUAAAGGUGCUGCUGGCUCUGAAGGCCGACUACAAGGCGGCUACCGGUCAGGACUGGAAACCAGGCGCAACCCCCGCCCCCGCUGCCGCCGCCGCUCCCGCCGCUGCUGCUUCAGCCGACUCUGGUGCCGCCGGAGACAUGAACCAGCGCAUCAUCGACCAGGGCAACAAGGUCCGUGAGCUGAAAGCUGCCAAGGCCGAUAAGGUCUCAGUAGACGCCGAGGUAAAGACGCUCCUCAACUUGAAGGCGGACUUCAAGAAGGCCACUGGUAAGGAUUGGAAGCCAGGCAUGACACUACCUGCCGCCGCUGCCGCUGCUCCCGCUGCCGCUGGCGGAGACGGGGCAGCCCUUAGUCAAAAAGUCGCCGAACAGGGGGACAAAGUCCGUCAACUGAAGUCUUCCAAGGCCGACAAGGCUACAAUCGAUGCUGCCGUGAAGGUACUGCUGGCAUUGAAGGCCGACUACAAGGCGGCUACUGGUCAGGACUGGAAGCCGGGCGCCGCCCCGGCCCCCGCCGCCGCCCCCGCUGCCGCUCCCGCCGCCGCCCCCGCUGCCGCUCCCGCCGCAGGCGCCGCCAAAGGUGCGGAACUGCAGGCGCAGAUUGACGCACAGGGUGCCAAGGUCCGCGAUCUGAAGGCGCGCAAGGCCGACAAGGCUGAGGUGGAUGCCGCCGUGGCUUCGCUGCUCGACCUGAAGAAGGCCUUCAAAGAGCUAACCGGCCAGGAACCGGCGGCCAGCGGCGGCGGAGGAGGACGCACGCCCAAGAAGCCCGCCGCCGACAAGAAGCCAGCUGAAAAGAAGCCUGCUGAGAAGAAGCCUGCCGAGAAGAAGUCUGCCGAGAAGCCGGCUGCUGGCGAUGACGCGGGUCCGAAGAAGCAGACGCGUCUCUGCAUUGAGGCGAAGAAGGAGGAGGCGCUAUCUGACUGGUACUCCCAGGUGAUCACCAAGUCGGAGAUGAUUGAGUAUUACGACGUGAGUGGCUGCUAUAUCCUCCGCCCGUGGUCCUACUCCAUCUGGGAGAACAUCAAGGACUUCUUCGACGCCGAGAUCAAGAAGCUGGGAGUGGAGAACUGCUACUUCCCCAUCUUCGUCUCACACGCCGCCCUAGAGAAGGAGAAGACGCACAUCGCCGACUUUGCUCCCGAGGUGGCCUGGGUGACCAAGUCCGGUGACUCGGAGCUGGCUGAGCCGAUCGCCAUUCGGCCCACCAGUGAGACGGUCAUGUACCCGGCGUACGCGCGCUGGAUCCAGUCGCACCGCGAUCUGCCGCUCCGGCUGAACCAGUGGUGCAACGUGGUGCGCUGGGAAUUCAAGCACCCUCAGCCGUUCCUGCGCACCCGCGAGUUUCUGUGGCAGGAGGGUCACACGGUGUUCGCCAGCAAACCGGAGGCCGAUGAAGAAGUGCUGGCCAUCCUCGACCUGUAUCGGCGCAUCUACGAGGAGCUCCUGGCCAUCCCGGUCAUCCCCGGACGGAAAACCGAGAAAGAGAAAUUCGCCGGCGGCGACUACACCACCACAGUAGAAGCAUACGUGGGCGCCAGCGGCCGAGCCAUCCAGGGCGCCACGUCUCACCACCUCGGGCAGAACUUCAGCAAGAUGUUCGAAAUUGUGUUCGAAGACCCUGAGACGCAGGAGAAGCAGUACGUGUGGCAGAACUCGUGGGGAGUCACCACCCGCACCCUUGGUGUCAUGGUGAUGGUACACGGCGAUAACCAGGGCCUGGUGCUGCCGCCACGCGUCGCCGGCAUUCAGGUGGUGAUCGUGCCGUGCGGCAUCACUGCCAGCAUGAAGGACGCCGACCGAGACGCUCUGCUCGACUCGUGUCGGCGCUACGAGUCCGAGCUGCGCGCCGCCGGCCUGCGCACGCGCGCCGAUCUCCGGCUCAAUGUGUCUCCCGGCUGGAAGUUCAACCACUGGGAGCUGCGCGGCGUGCCGCUGCGCCUGGAGCUGGGGCCGCGCGACCUGCGCCAGGACCAGUACGUGCUGGUGCGCCGCGACACCGGCCACAAGGCGACGUUCGCGCGCGCCGCUGCCGCCACCGACGUGCCCCGCCUCCUGGAGGAGAUCCAGGCGAACAUGUUCGCGCGCGCCAAGGCGCGGCAAGACGAGCACGUCGUAGUGUGUCACGACUUUGACGAGUUCUGUCGCCGCCUGGACAGCAAGUGUCUGAUUCAGGCGCCCUACUGCGGAGCUAUUGCCUGCGAGGAACGCAUCAAGAAGGAGUCGGCGAGGGAGGAGGCGGCGGAACCCGGCGCGCCAGCCAUGGGCGCCAAAGGACUGUGCAUCCCAUUCCAGCAGCCUGCCGAGCUGGCAACCGACGCGCGCUGCAUCUGUCCCAAUUGUGACGAGAAGCCAAAGUUUUACACCCUGUUCGGCCGGAGUUACUGAGAGCACGGCCGGCGGCUGGUCGGCUGUGUGACCUGGCGACGCUCGGUGGGGGUUUAGGUGACGGCCACCGGCGAACUGAAUACAGCCUGACCCGCC